AUUCGAUCGUCAACAUGUCCAUUGGCCAAUCAGAACUUUCCGUUUGCCAGAAUUUGCUAAAAUGGCGCUAUGGCGCUAUGUAGCGGUAUCGGUGCCGUUGUUUCAUGGUUGUUUUGACACCAGGCUUGUCACUAUCUGAAGAAAAGUUUUUUUAUUCUUACGCGAUAAGAACACUCAUCGUGUUGGCUCUGCUUUGCUGUGUCAACGAUACUGACAUCGUGCCUGCAUCGACCGUGGCACUUUGAACAUGGAAGCAGCUGCAGCAGUGAAUGCAGACUUGGAGAAGGAAUUCACCGUUGCAUCUGAGCUUGAGAAACCCUUUUGUAGUAAAGCUACCAAGGAGUCUGAAGAGGUGAAGCAGAAUGAAAAUGCAAAUUUGAACUGUGAAGACAAGGUUUUUCCAGAGGUAGAAGGUGAUGUGGACCUCAUGCCAAGACCACCUGACAGUAAUGCCGUCAGUUCUUCAAGUUCAGAGGCAUGCUCUGGUGAUACUGCCGAAGACAGCUGUGGGAUCUUGGAAAGGUCUGGGGACUCGUCUUGCGUGCAAGCUAAGAAAGAAAUAGCAAAACAGUUAAACGAACAAGUAAAAGUUGAAGAUUCAGACCUUGAGGUAGCAGUUCAUUCAGGGGCAAAAAUGGAUAACUCUGCUUCCACGCCAUGUGACAGUGAUGUUCUGAAUUCAGCUAUCCCUGAGCCAAGUCAAGGCAGCUGUGUGACUUUGGAACAGACUCGGAACUUUUCCGACAGCAAAACGAAAGAAACGGCAAAGCAGUCUGCAGAAGAAAAGAGUGAAAGGGAGCAUGAGUGUUAUGAAGGUGAAGUUCUCUCGAAGCUGGAUAAGGAUGAUAGCCUUGCGCCUAAACCAUGUGGUGUUAACCUUAGUGAAUCAACUUGUUUUGAGACAAACUGUGGCAGUGCUUUUGAUGAGGGCAGUAUGCACUCGGACAGUCCACAUGGCUCUUUCUCCACUGAAGUUGGAAAAGAUGCAGCAGGAAAAGAAGAGGAAAAUAAUAGGGAGGGACAUGUCUCCUCUUCUGUUGCUCCCAGGAAAGAGGCAGAAAAAGAAGAAGGAAGUGAAAGAGAUGGGUCUUCCUCCAUUGGAUGUAGAAAACAAGAAGCAGGCAAAGAGGAAACUCAAAAUGAGGGACAUGGCUCUUCCUCAAUUGAUCCUAGAAAAUGUGCAGCAGGAAAAGAAGAGGAAAAUGAUAGUGAAGUCCAAGACUCUUCCUCAAUUGAACCUUCAAAAAAGGAAGCAGAAAAAGAGGAAAGUCAUCAUGAAAGUAAACGUGACAAUCUUUGCCCAAUCUUCAGCCAUCAAUAGAGAAACCUGGCAGCAGUUCGCCCGAGGCACACGACAGUCAGGCACAAGUAUCAUUUAGUUGUGAACCAUGUAGUCAAGCUGCAGAUGACCUUGUGUCUUCAAAGGACCCUGAAAACGCUUCAUGCACUGAAACAAGUAAUGAAGUAACUGAAGAAGAGAGUGAAGGUGAAGAGGAGCAGGAAGAAAAAUGUCAUCCUAGUGUCUCACAGUUUCUUCAUCAAUACAUAAAAGUUGGAAAGUAUGUACCAGCAUCUGGGUCAAAAGCUGAAGACUUUCGCAUGAACAGCUCAGAUGCCGUAAUUGAAGCUCCUUCAUUGGUUACUCCCUUACUCAUAAAAAGACCAGACCGCCUUUUGACAGAAAACAUAAAUUGUGAAGGAAGUCAGAAACGGAGAAAAGUGCUGCCUUUGGGGAAAAGCGGCAGUUCUGCUGUUAACUUCUUUGAAAGUGCAAUAGGGAAGUUCUUCAUUGGUCUCGGUAUGAGCAGAGCACGUGAGGUGUACAACCAAGAGCUGCUAAAGCUCAAGAGACGCGAGAUAAAGAAAGCAGGUGGCCGUGAUCAAGAAAUGAUUGAUGAGUAUCGAGGGCUAAUUGAAGAAUAUCGAAAAACUCAUAUAGCAAACUCUGCCUUCAAAUUCAAGUCCAAAUCAUGCAAGUUAUGUGAUUUUAAAACUGAAUCAAGCCUUGUUCUAGAAGGCCACCUACUGACACCACACUUGACACCGCGGCGGGAGCUUCAGUGCGGUUUUUGCGACUAUGCGACUCGUGAUAACAAAGCGUUUGCAUUCCAUGUGGAGGCUAUGCACAACCGACAGGCAAUCCUAGAGCCUCCACUGCUGAAUCAUCAGUGCCCCUUUUGUCCUUUCGAGACCAACCUGAAAACUAAGGCCACUUCUCAUGUCAAUCGUUGCGAAAAAGUUUUCAGCACUAGUCAGAAUCAGCGGCCCACGUAUGACUUUCAGCCUCCAGGAGUCACAGCUAAGCCUGUUACUGUUGAUAAUGUCAUGAGCUAUGAAAAAAUAUUCUUUUCAUUAGGCCGCAUUGCUAAAGAUCCACGGAAAGGCUCCGGUGCUACACGUCCAAAUGGAGCCCCUGCAAUAGUAGCGCCUCGAGGAAAAGUGCCACUGUUGCCCAAGAAACGAAGAUCUGCUCACUCUCUAAAUCAGAGUCGCGAACAAAGAGAUUCUAGGCUAACGUUGAUCCAGCCAGAUAUUUCAUCUAACCGAGCAUUCCAGGUUGUUGGCGAUGGUGCGGAGCUUAUCCCACUGCACAAUGAAAGCACCAGGCAGACCAUAGCUGUUGCUCAGUCACCUUCCAACUUGGCGAAACUGUGUGCUGUCACCACUGUAGCCAGCAGGGGAAGCCCAGCAGGGGACGCAAACCCCAGACAUGUGAAAACCCCAUGGCCACUGGCUCAAUGCACCUGUUAUCACUUGCGAGAUCUGUGAUGGCUUUGUCAAAGACCUGGCGCAAUUGCGCUUGCACAUGCACCGGACGCAUGGUGUCACAAUCCACCGGGCUACGCUGUCCCAACGCCCACCACUCAGCUGCCGGAAGUGCGACAGGCGAUGUUUCACCGACCAGGGACUGGAACGCCAUUUGCUGGGUGCUCAUGGCAUGGUCACACCCAACAUGCAGCACAUGGCCAAACGGGGUAGGGAUGCUGGCCGUUGUCCACGGUGUGGUCGCAUUUAUGCUGCCAAGCUGGUUUCCCACAUGAAAGAGGUGCAUCGAAUGGCAAUAAAGUUGGCCACCCUGUCCUACAAGUGCCCUAUAUGCGAAGCAGUGUUUGACCUUUAUGAGCAUUUUGAAAACCAUGUACGUAAAGUACACACUAAGACCACAAACAACUCGUCUGCUGCAGCCUUCAAUGGCCAAGCUGCAAAGAGGCCAUUAUCAGCUCAAGCUCCCACACCCACAACUGUUAAGUAUAAUUCCUCAAAGCGACCAUGCCUGGCUACACCCUCUCCUACCACAAGCUAUCAGCCCAACUCUGUGAAGCGACCAUUCAUAGCUCCGAUUUCUAGUCCUGCAACUUCAAACCCCAGUGCUGCAAAGCAGCCAUUAUUGGCUCCAACCUCUGGUCAUUUCAGUCCUGCAACACGGCCGUCUCUGACUGCAGUCCUCUACUUCUGCUAUUGCCAAUUCCAGUUCCUCAAUGCGGCCAUGCUUGGCUGUGCCCUAUUCUCCCACAACUUCUCAGCUGCAACUCUGUGAAGCGGCCAUUCUGGGCUGCUAACUCGACAGCUAUAAACUCCUCUUCUAGUUCUACAAAACGGCCAUGCGUGGCUCAGACCUCUAGUAAUGCAAGUGCCGGUUCUAAUGCUACAAAACGACCAUUUGUGGCUCAGACCUCUAGUAAUGCAAAUACCGGUUCCAAUGCUCCAAAGUGGUCGUCUUUGGCUCCAACCUCUAGUCCUGGAAGUGCUGGUUCCAAUUUUGCCCAGAGACCAUUAUUAUCUGCUACCACUACUGCUGCAGUUAUGGGUUCCAACUCUUCAAAGGAGCCGGCUUUGGGUGCAGCCAUUAUUCCUGCAGCUGCACACACCAAUUCCACAGUGUGGCCGUUCAUGGCUUCGUCUAGUCCUGUGAGUAUCCAUCCCGUUACCACAUCAAGGCCAUUCCUGGCUGCAGCAUCUGCAGUGACAGCUGCUGGUCCAAGUUCAGCAAAACAACAGUUCUUGAUGGCAUGCACUACUUCUGCGGUGAAUAACACAGUAGCGAUUACUUCAACUGGUAAGCUUAACCCCAGUGUGAAGGAAGUUACCUGUGUGCCAGUAGGCCAGCCUUCAAAGCACCCAUUUUCGGCUAUGUCAGCUGGUGAGCUUAACUCCAUUGGUAAAGAAGUUACCUGCUUGCCGGUAGGCCAGCCUACAAAGCAACCAUUUUUGGCUAUGUCAGCUGGUGAGCUUAACUCUAGUAUGAAGGAAAUUACUUGUUUGCCAGUAGGGCAGCCUACAAAGCAGCCAUUUUUGGCUGUGUCAGCUGGGGAGCACUCCAGUGUGAAAGAAAUUACUUGCUUGCCAGUAGGGCAGCCUACAAAGCAGCCAUUUUUUGGCUAUGUCAGCUGGUGAGCACUCCAGUGUGAAGGGGGUUACCUGUUUGCCAGUAGGCCAGCCUAAAAAGCAGCCAUUUCUGGCUAUGGCCUCUGCGCCUACAGGAAUGACCAAGACAACAGAUAUUUCACCUGUUGGAUCAAGUUCCAAGCCAAAACAAAUCGCAGGUGCAUGGGCAGAGCCCACUUUUAAGUCAGCGGUGUCUAAGAUAAAGGUAGAACGGGCAGAUCCCAUGGAACUGGCCCCCUCUGCCUCACCGGAGCUAAAUGAGCCUGAACUUGGUUGGUGUGUGGCUUGUAAGGAAAGUGUUGAGGACUUCACAGAACAUUUGAAGGACAAACACAUACGGCAGUGUCAUGUUCGUGUAUGCCACAUUGAGAAGUGUGACUCGUGUCUCUCAUCAUUUUCUGGUCUGAUAGUGGUUACCACAUCGGAUGUUGAGGAUGAAGAUAGUUCAGAGGAGGAUGAGGAGGAGGAGGAUGACAGUGAUAAAGAUGAAGCUGCAAGGCCAGAAACAACGGUCCUUGAUCGGCCAUGCAAAACUGAGCCAGUGGAUGUGUAAGAGGCUUGCUGCCCAAACAGCAGCUUGAGAAUGCCAUCUGUCAGGUGAAAGACUUUGUCCAAAUUUAUACGAGUGCAUUUUUCAGGCUUUGCAUGGUUAUUUGAACCCUGGCUGUUAAAACAGAGGUUCCCGGACCUUUGUUUUCCAGUAUUUCUAAGGCUUCCACGAAGUUUUGAGGAAAGCACAUGGGUUUCCAUAAAGGGUGUGUACUCGCCUAUCAAGAUACGCUUAAGUGUGGAAAAGGUGAGCCACUGAGUAGGCACUCUCAUCCAAUUAUUCUAGACACAGAUGCUUGCUACUACAAAUUUUUGUGCAGCUCCCCGGCUAUUAAGUUAAGAUGCAGUGAUGCUCAGUCAUGGAAGUGGUAGCUAAAGAAUUGUUACAGUCAAAUUUAACUAAAUGGACAGCAUUAAUCCAAUAACACUGCACACACAUUGCAGCAUUGAUAAAAGCAGAGGGAUAUGUGCACAUCCAUUAAGUUCAUUGGACUGUGAAGAUCAAAUCCUAGAGUUUUACAAAGCAUAGGAUGGGAACCUCUGACUUAAAAGCCCUCAAAGAAUUGUCGGCCUCUGUGCCUUGCAAGGGAAAGGAGAAAACCUUUGUGGAGUUUUUAUGUUGCAGAUAUUGUCUUGAAUCAUUUUCUUCGGUCCUACUGCUUUGUUCGAAAUGAUGAUCAAUGUCUUUGACUCUUGUUGCAUAAAUCGUCGGCUGCUGCUUCUGCUAUCAGUUGGACAGUCUAUUUACAGUAACACCAGUAUUGUUCACCUCGUUCACUUUGCUUGAAGAUGUCCAUAUGGUUGAAUUUGUACGUCACAUGCUGUAAUUAAUAAGGCUCAACUAGCAAUCGUGUGUUUUCAUACUGUUUUUUUCUGUAAUUUAUAAAUCUCACUGUUCUAGCAUGUUACAUUUCGUCAUUAACAUAACGAGGCGAAACAGACAUCUAACUCUUCAUAAUUUCUUUCAUUUUUCCUUGUUGCAUAAAUCGUCAGCUGCUGGUUCUACUGUGUGUUCAACAAUCAAUGUGCAGUAAGUGAUAGCAGUAUUGUUUACUUCCUUACAAUUUGUUUGCGGUGUCUGUAUUGUUUAACUGUGUGCAUGUGCUCUUCUUAAUGAGACACAACUAGCAAUUCUGUGUUUUCGUACAGUUUUUUGUGUGAUUCACAGAUCGCACUGUUGUAGCAUUUCAUAUUCAUCAUUUACAUACCAAGGUGAAAGAGACUUCUGGCUCUGUCUUCAUAGUUUCUUUCAUUUUUAUUUGUCAUGUGAAAAAAUAAAUGAGAGCUAUGCAACUUGUCGUGUUCUCACUG